CUACUAUCAGUUCAUACACCAAGGCGGUCAACAAGGCGACCUAGUGAACAUUGGUGUGGCUGGCGGGGAACGGCGGCUCGUGCCUUUUCCCAAAGGUCAACGUACCGUGUUGACAUGUCCCGCUAGCUCUACGUGUGGCUGCGGUGGCCUCACCAGUGUCACUCGUGCAUUCCGCGCAAAACGCAGAUGCGGACGACUACAGCCCUAUCUUGGGAUCCGAUGGCGCCAUGCUUGGCUACACGCUAGUGCGCUCUGCAGGCCCCGUCAUCAGCGGAGCCAACACCACCGACGACAGCGGCGCACAGCGGCUGGAAGUUUCUAUCGCCCUCAACCGAGACUCCGGCGUGGCCUUCGCGCAGCCCCAGCAGGGCAGCAGCCUUAGCAGUGCCCUUACCGGUGGUAGCACUGGCAGCGGCGGCGGCGGCGCGACAGACAUGGGCAACGUUCAUGUGUUCAUGAGCAGUUACCUGCCGACGAGCUGCCCGCCAGCCCUGCCGCCUGGCGGGGACCCUGACGGCCUCCUGCAGGGCUCAGGGCUGUCUGCCACCACGUCGCGCCAGAGCGCCAGCGCAAACUGCAGCGUCAGUGGCACGCGCGCACGGCUGGCGUAUGACGUGCCGCCGGGGCUGUUCAACUGCUCCGCUGCCGCCGCCAACUACAACGGCACGGGAGACCUGGGGUCCUCCUACUACAAAGUCUUCUUCCUCUCCGUGCGAGUGGAUCUGGCCGCGGUUGCGUGCGCAGCUCCCUCCCGAUCACUAUACCCCGGCAGUGUUGGCAACCAGAUCAGCCCGGGCUGCUCCUACAUCACCGUCACCGCCACUUGCCGCCCGAGUACCUGCCCUGGCUUCAAGGGCUCAGCCGCCAGCGCGGACUCGGGCGGCGGCGCCAGCGGCGGCUUGAGCGUCAGCGGGCGCUCGAGCGGCACGGGUGGCGGCCUGGCCAUAGGCAGCGGCGACGGCGGCCGGAGCAGCGAGAGCAACUCACUCGAGAUGAAGGUGGUGCUGCCAGGCAUCGUCGGCGGCGCCGGUGGGGCACUGGUGCUGUCCCUGGUGGUUGCGGUGGGAUGGGUGGUCUCGGACCGCAUCAAGCAGCGGCGGCGGCGGGAAGCCCGCCUUCGCGCCAAGCUGGAGCGAGCUUCCGCCCUCGCCGCCACCGGCACGGCGGGGGCAGCUAGCUACGUAACGUAUCAAGGCACAGGCCCCCGGCGCGCGUCGGCGAGCAGCACGUCGCCGUCGGGGAUGCCUCGCCUUGCGCGCACGAGCAGCGGCUGGUCAGACGAGGGCGAGGGUGACGGCUGCGCGGUGGCAGGCGAGGGCAAGGGCGGGUUCGUGGUGGGGUACGGCCACGUGGCUGCGGCGGCGGGCAUUGUGGCGCGCGCCGGGGGCAGGGGUGGCAAGGCCGGAGGCCACAGCAUGUACACAUCGCGGAGCCCCGUGGGCGCUGGCGGCGCCGGCGGUGUCCCUCGCGUACAGCAGCUGCGCAUGGGGUCGGCGGCGGCGAUGGCGACCAACGCGCGGACCAACGGCCGCAGCAGCAGCGCACACUGGCCCACCGAGCAGGGAUUCGGCUUCCCCGAUGUGGCAGGGCAGGGCGGUGGCGCCGGCGGCGGCGGUACGGGCAUGGAUCUGGGCGGCGUGCACUUCUUCCGAAGCGUCACAGGCCCCGGGGCCGGCAGCGCGGGCCGGCCGGGCCUACUGGCGAAGGAGGGCGCAGGCGAGGACGGCUUGGGCAGCUCCGAGUUCGGCCCCGCACCGGGACCGUGGCAGGGCUGGAGCCCCACCGCCUCUGACACUGCUGCGCCGGCAUCACCCUGGCGCACGCCCGGUGACUUUGAGGCUCGAAGCUACGCCAGCACGACCACCGCUCGUGCGGGAGGCGCCCAAUGGGGCGCGACUGGCGUCGGCGCCGGGAUGAGCUUGACGGCAGGCCCAGGUAGUUCUGGCGUCAUGCAGGUCGGCACCGGCCGCAGCGUCACCGUGAUCCGCACCGUCAUGAUCGAGGGCCGGCUCGUCGAAGUGCCGGUGGUGGCGCCCGUGUCGCCACCGCAGCACCCCCCGUCAGAGGCCGUCUACAGCCGCGGGACAGGUGCAGCGGGACAGGUGCAGUCCCCAUCGCGUUCAUGGGCGGGCCGCGGGGCCGCCGGCGGGCACUUUUCGGACGCGCCGGACCUACCGCACGGGGCCAUUGGCAGCGCCGCCAGCAGCAGGCCCAGUUCCCAUUCUCGCGGCCGUGCGGCCGCCGGCCCCUCCGGACGUGGCGCGGCAGUGCGCUCAUCUUCGCCACCGCUUUCUCCUGUCAGCGGUGAUGACGGUGAGAUGUUGGGUGAGGGCGCCCUCGCUGCUGCUGCUGCCGCCGCAGCUGCUGCCAGUCGUCGCACCGCCGCCGGCCGUAGCCGCACAGCAGCUGCGGCAGCUACGGCCCGCGCUUUUGCUUCUGCGCUCCUGCUGGGCCGGAGUAAAACCGGUGCGGGGCGGCUGCCGCCACUGGAGACCAUUGAGUCUGACAACAACAGCAGCGCCACAGGCACAGACGCGCCACCAUCACCGCGCCCCGCCUCACGACGUGGCUCUACACUCGCGCCUCCCGCGCUGCCACCGAAGGCGAUGACGCCACCAGUCGGCCCUGCCCCACACAGCCCCAGUGCUGCCGCGGCAGCGGCAGCGGCCGCAGCAGCCGCGCUGCCCCCUGCUCCGGCCCCUGCGGCGGCUGCGCCUCCCUUCCCGGGCGUGACGCACGCGCAGGUACACGCAAAGCAUGCGGCGCGUGGCAGCCUGCGCGUCGCCUCGCGCUUUGCUGACAUCAUGGCUGGCAGCGCGCCGGGUACUGUGGUGGCGGCAGCAGACGCAAUGGCAGCUGCUGGCGAGGGCAUGCCGACUGUUGGCGCUGGGUCACCGCCCCUCUCGCCCAGCCCCGGGCCUGCCUAUUCCAGCGGCAACACUGAAAGCUGGGCAAGCGCCGGCCUACCACCCGUGAGCGGCGUCUUGGAGAGCGGUGGUCUGCUCCAGUUGGCUGAGGGCGGCUGCUUCACAAUCACGGAGGCGGGCGAGGAGGUUGACGGCCGGGGGUCGCGCACUUCGCAUCCCAUGCCGCGUCCCAGCCAGCCGCCGUCGGAGUCCGGCGCAUCCUUUGCCUCCCAGCCCUCCUUCUUCAUGCUCCUCCCACCCGUCGGGACUGGCAGCCCAAGCCCUGGAGGCGCCAGCACACGUGGCGCGGCCCUGGAGCACGCCCUGGAGGGUCGCGCGGAGGAGCAGGCCGAGGCACGUCUGGACGUGGACCAGGGCCUGGCCAGCAGCGUUAGCAGCAGGGGCACUAGCGGAUGUGGCGCUAGCCCAGCGGCGCAGGGCCGCGGGGGCCGCGGAGUGUUGACGGCGCGGCGGCUGCGCCUAGAGCUUGAGACGCAGGCGGAGGAGCACGAGGAAGAGUAGUAUCAUGCGCCAUAGUACAGAGAGUAAGAGUGUGUUCGACAAUUAAUGGUUCGGCAAUAGCCGCACAGUGCAUCAGCGGGCUUAUCCCCCCUGCGGCCCUGCCUGCCAUGCAUGUAAGGUUGGCGUAUGAGUGCACUGCCUGUAACUGUAGGGGGUGCACUCUGUAGUACUGUGCGCAUUCACAGUGAUCUGCAGCGAUGUCGUAUGUUUGGCCGGAAUCCGCCGCAACGGCGCUUCGUAACCUAUGCCCGUACCGUAAUAGCUGGGCGAUUUGCAGCUUCAUUCUACGUAUGUACAGUCAUGUACGUACGUUCUGCAUUCAAUAUCAAUCUUCUGCAAUGCAUGCUGAGUAAGCAUACCAUGGCAACGCUUAUAUAUUGUCCAAAUGAGUUGCUUGGUGGGACCACAACACCCACCAUGUGCACGGGCAAAUUGUUCAUGCAUGGCCCCAGACAUGCAGCCUCCCUAGCCUCCUUCAUGGGCCGGACUCUGGCGGGUUGCUGCAAGCUGCUAGGCUUGACCGAGUCAGUCAGCGGUGCGCCGUAAUGUCCAAAGGCAGCGGAAGGUCGUUACAAGGUGGUACUAGCCGCAGCUCAGUUGAGAGCCAGGUCGGCGUGUGCAGGGGGCUUGCAAGAUUUCCUUGUUUGGCGAGGAGCUGCUGGAGCUGGAUGGAGACGGAUGGAGACGGCAGGGAGUACGACGCUUACCACUUCUUGAGGA